AUGUACAAGUUACGGAAAAUAGUUAUUUGUAUAGUUACAGCUGUGCUAAUGACCAGUGUGCUUGGACAUUCCCAUUCACAUUCUCAUGAAGAAGAAUCGCCAGUAUACAAAUAUAGCAAAUCUGCAAAUGAACAACACAGUGGAAAACAAGAAAAUACGCCUGAUUCAAAUUAUGAUUUAUAUGUGAAAGCUCUUGGUUCUACUGUUUUUAUAAGUGUAAUUCCUUUUUUCAUUCUCUUCUUUAUUCCUAUUGAUGGCACUGUUGAAAAACAGCCCCUUUUAAAAGUUUUAUUGUCAUUUGCUUCUGGCGGUCUUCUUGGAGAUGCAUUCUUACAUUUAAUUCCUCAUGCUCUUUUACCUUCUAAUGGUGGAGGUCACAGUCACAGUCAUAGUCACUCUCAUGGCGAAGACCAACAUGAACCCCAUGAUAUGACUGUGGGAUUAGGUGUACUUGGAGGUAUAAUUACGUUUCUUGUUGUGGAAAAAACUGUAAGACUGUUUAGCAGUGGACAUGGACAUUCUCAUAGCACAGACAAAAAGAAGCAUGAAGAUAAAUCCAAGAAAUCUGGUAAAAAUAAAAAAGAAGAAAUUAAAAUAGCUGGAUACUUGAAUCUUGCUGCGGAUUUUACCCACAACUUUACUGAUGGAUUAGCAAUUGGUGCCUCAUAUAUUGCUGGACAGAACAUUGGUCUUAUAACUACUAUUACAAUUUUAUUACAUGAAAUCCCUCAUGAAAUAGGAGAUUUUGCCAUACUUGUGCAAUCAGGAUGUUCUCGUAGAAAGGCUAUGAUGCUGCAACUUUUAACAGCUUUUGGAGCUAUAUCUGGCACUUUCUUAUCAAUAUAUUUACAGGGUUCAGGAGAUGGAGUAGUUUCAAGUUUCAUCCUACCAUUUACAGCUGGAGGCUUCAUUUACAUUGCAACAGUGUCUGUUAUUCCAGAGCUCUUAGAGGGAUCUAAUAAAUUUUCACAAUCAAUCAAAGAAAUACUUGCUCUUUUAGCUGGUGUAUACAUGAUGGUGAUUAUUGCACAAUAUGAA